AUGUAUGUACAAUUAUUAUAUGUAGUUGGAACACACUAUACAACUGCUGAAGAUUUCGGCUACGAUGGAUCAAUAGGCCCGACCUAUUGGGGUGAGCGGUACCAGGAGUGCAGAGGCAAGCAUCAGAGCCCCAUAAAUAUUAACGUGCUUCGCGUGAAACAAGUGGCUCUUCCUGACAUCACGUUUAUAGGCUUUGAUGACCCCAUUGACAAUGUACACGUCACUAACAAUGGACAUACAGUCCUGAUAGAGGUCGAGAAUGAGCCUCACCCUCGGGUAAGCGGUGGACCGCUAGACGGGACUUACGUGUUCAGUCAAAUGCACUUCCAUUGGGGUGACAAUGAUACUCUGGGUUCCGAGGACAAAAUAAACCACAGAAGUUUUCCUAUGGAGUUGCAUAUGGUGUUCUACAAAGAAGAAUAUAAUACAGUCAAAGAAGCUGUUACCCACACCGAUGGCUUGACUGUCUUGGCAUUUUUCUAUGAGUUGGACCGGCAUCAGCAUCCAGCCUAUGACGACAUAACAUCCGCCCUCAGCAAUGUUACCGAUCCGCACUCAAGCAUUGUUAUGAAUAACCCAUUUUCAUUUUUAAACAUUCUACCUUACGACCUUAGAAGAUAUUUUACGUACAGAGGGUCAUUGACAACUCCACCAUGCUCUGAAGUAGUCAUUUGGCUGGAUUUUGAACAACCCGUCCGUUUAACUCACGAUCAGAUCGAAGUAUUCAGAGAGCUACGAUCGGCCAGUGGAAAAAUUCGGCAUAACUUCAGACCAAUCCAACCGAUCGGAGACAGAACUGUAUUCUAUAAUAUAGAUAGCAAUUAUUAUACUUAUAAUGAAAUCGAUGACCCUGGGGCUCACACUGAGUGGCCACAGACAAGGAAAAGAGGGAACAGUGCUAGUAUAUCUAGGUUUAGCUUAAGCUGUUUUACCUUUAUGUUUAUAUUGUGUUAUACCUUAGGUUAA